CUUCAGGACACCUUGCUUCAAUCUUCCUUCUCCUUCUUCUUCUUCUUCUCUUCUUCCACGUUGACUGUCAUGCAGUACAUCUACUAGAGUACUGAACUGAACUCGUGUCAUUCAUCCAGUCUGGUAGUCCAGACAACAACACCACCUCACAAUGCUUCCGCCCAGCUCGGCUGUUUUCCUCGCCGCGUCGCUGCUGGCGGCUUUGCCCGUCCAAGCCGAUGGACUGUACACGAAGAAAUCUCCUGUGCUGCAGGUGACAUCCAAGAACUACGACCAACUCAUUGCCCAAUCGAACCACACAUCGAUUGUAGAAUUCUACGCCCCCUGGUGCGGCCACUGCCAAAAUCUGAAACCCGCCUACGAAAAAGCCGCCAAGAACCUCGACGGCCUGGCCAAGGUGGCCGCCAUCAACUGCGAUGAGGACGCCAACAAGCCGAUCUGCGGCCAGAUGGGCGUGCGCGGCUUCCCGACCCUGAAGAUCGUGACCCCCGGCAAGAAGCCCGGCAAGCCGCGCGUGGAGGACUACCAGGGCGCGCGCACCGCCAAGGCCAUCGUGGAGGCCGUCGUCGACCGCAUCCCGAACCACGUGCGCCGUCUGACCGACAAAGAUCUCGAUGACUGGCUCGCUUCCGCGAACGGUGACGCAGCGACGACGCCCAAAGCGAUCCUCUUCACGGAGAAAGGCACCACCAGCGCGUUGAUCCGCGCGUUGGCCAUCGACUUCCUGGGCGCGGUUCAGGUCGCCCAGGUGCGCAGCAAGGAGACGGCGGCCGUGGAGCGGUUCGGGGUCACGGAGUUCCCGACGAUCGUGCUGGUGCCCGCCGGCGGAACCGAGCAGGAUGCCAUCGUCUACGACGGGGAGCUGAAGAAGGCGCCGCUCGUGGCGUUCCUGAGCCAGGUCGCCGCGCCGAACCCCGAUCCUGCUCCGGUUCCUUCUCCCAAGAAGAAGAAGGCCGACAAAGAAGAGAAGCAGGCCGCCCAGCCCGACGACGCCAAGGCAGAGGAGGAGUCGCCCAAGCCGGCCCCUACGGCACCCGUUCCCGCGCCGCCGAUCGAACUCCUGACAACCCCGGAGGCCCUUGCCGCCGCCUGUCUGGCGCCCAAGUCCGGCACGUGUGUGUUGGCCCUUCUUCCGGAAGAACAACAACAAGAACAGACUGAACCCGAGCCGGAGAGCUCGGCGGCGCAAGUCGCGUUGGCCAGUUUGGCUGAGGUGGCGCACAAGCACGCCCUCCACAAGAGCAAACUGUUCCCGCUGUACGGUGUCCCAGCCACCAACGGCGCGGCCAAGGCCCUGCGCGCGGCGCUGGCGCUGGCCGAACCGGACCUGGAGAUUGUGGCUGUUAACGGCCGGCGGGGAUGGUGGAGAAAGUACGAUCCCGCUGAGGCGGAUUACAGCGUCGAGCGCGUCGACACGUGGGUGGAUGCCAUCCGGCUCGGGGAGGGGUCCAAGCAGAAGUUGCCCGAGGGGGUGAUCGUGGAGGAGACCUUGGAAGAUGAGAAGCCCGUGGUCGCCGCCGAACAUGACGAGUUGUAAAUUAAUCCCCCCCAUGUACGGGUGCAUUCACCUCAGUAGCAUUGCCCAUGGUGUUUUUAAUUAGGUAGGAAACAUGUUUUACAAGUUAUUGCAAGCAAGCGUAUGGCAAACGAG